AUGUUUGAAACACAUAAAAGUUACGAGGGCUUGUUUUACUUCUUGGGAUCAAUCGUCAACUUCAGUCAGGAUCCUGAAGUGCACUUCAAAUAUAUUCAGGCAGCAACUCGUACGGGACAAAUCAAGGAAGUAGAACGCAUUUGUCGUGAAUCAAACUGCUAUGACGCAGAGCGUGUAAAGAACUUCCUCAAAGAGGCUAAGCUUGCUGAUCAGCUGCCUCUCAUCAUCGUAUGCGAUCGUCAUGACAUGGUUCACGAUCUCGUAUUGUAUCUGUACAGAAAUCAGCUUCAGAAAUAUAUCGAAGUGUUUGUACAAAAGGUUAAUGCUGCCCGUUUGCCCAUUGUAGUAGGUGGAUUGCUCGAUGUCGAUUGCUCUGAGGAUGCUAUCAAGCAGUUGAUUUUGAAUACUCGUGGAAAGUUCGACAUUGAUGAGCUUGUGGCUGAGGUGGAGAAGAGAAAUAGGCUCAAGUUACUGUCACACUGGCUGGAGACCCGCGUUCAAGAAGGAGCUACUGAUGCAGCCACUCACAAUGCUAUGGCCAAGAUCUAUAUCGAUUCAAACAAUAAUCCGGAUAGAUUCCUUAGGGAAAACCCAUAUUACGACAGCCGAGUGGUUGGAAAAUAUUGUGAGAAGCGCGAUCCCCAUUUUGCCUUCCUUGCCUAUGAGCGAGGACAGUGCGAUGCAGAACUGAUUGCUGUUUGUAACGAAAACUCGCUCUUCAAGAACCUUGCUCGGUACCUGGUACGAAGACGUGAUUACGGACUAUGGGAGCAAGUAUUGAACGAGGAGAAUCAGUAUAGGAGGCAGUUGAUUGACCAGCGAGCUGUAUGA